CUCUCUGCUGGGAAGCCUCUCAGGAAGGACGUGACUUCAACCAGCGGACAGCAGCGCAGGAAGAGCCAACCCCGCCCCGCCACCCAGCCACUCAAUGCCCUCUGAGCGAUGCUAAUUCACCGCAGCGGAGGUCGCGGAGUUCCACCUAGCCUGGGCGGCCGGCCGCAGGACGCCGUGCGCAAGUCUGGCGGCGGUCGCGCUUGAUACACGCCCCCCUAGCCCGCUCCAUUAGCAGGCGUGUAUCAUACUAGCAAAGCGCUACUGCCCCGCACUGGUCAUUUUAUAUCCCGCUUCUUCCCGUUUUCCCCACAACCCCCCCUUUCAUUCGCGCGGCGCACCCCUCUGUGUACCACGCCGCCCCUCUUACUCCUGUUGCACCAUGGCGCUGACCAUCACCCACUGCGCAACCGUCCUCUCCCUCAGCCAGCUGGCUGGGGAGGCCGACGUCGACGGCGGCAGCCCGGCCGCCACCUCCACCCCCGCCUCCAGCCCCAGCCCGGCCAGCCCCGCCAAGGGCGCGGCCACCACCCCAGAGAAGGCGGUGCGCGACCUGGCAGACGGCGACUCGCUGCUGCCCCUCUACUCCUUCCCCUCGCACGACGGCUUCGAGGUCAAGCGCGUGCGCUCCUUUGGAUCGUUUGGGGACCUGCAGGCGGCGGCAGUGCCCGAUGUGGACGACCCCGCCAGCGGCGCGGCCCGCGGCUACGCCUCCUCUGAUGACGACGAGGCCGUGUCGCUGGAUGGCUCCUCCGACUCGGGCGCCAGCGCACAGGUGGUCCCCCAGCGCAGCGUGCUGGACGCGCUGCUGCUGGGCGAGUGGGAGGACCGCGCGGAGGCGGGCCUCUUCCGCUACGACGUCACCGCCUGCCCCACCAAGCUGGUGCCCGGCUCCUACGGCUUCAUCGCCCAGUGCAACGAGGGGCGGCUGUCCAAGAAGCGCCCCACCGAGUUCCGCGUGGACCUGGUGGCCCAGCCCUACGACGCCGCCAAGUUCAACUUCACAAAGGCGCUGCAGCAGGAGGUGCUGUUCAUGUUUGAGCCCGCGGGCGGGCGCGGCGGGCGCCGCGCCAAGCCCGCCUUCCGCCCCGCCGCCCAGCCCCGCGCCUCGCCCAACCUCGUCUACAUCAACGUCUCUCCCAUCGAGUACGGGCACGUGCUGCUGGUGCCGCGCGCGCUGGACGCGCUGUGCCAGCUGGUCACACCAGACACGCUGCUGCUGGCGCUGCAGUUUGCGCGCGAGGCGGACAACCCCUACUUCCGCCUCGCCUUCAACUCUCUGGGCGCCUACGGCACCAUCAACCACCUCCACUUCCAGGCCUACUACCUGGCUGCGCCCUACGCCAUGGAGCGGGCGCCCACCGUGCCGCUAGAGCUGGAGGGGCUGGGCGCGGGCGCGGGCGCGGGCUCGCCGCCGCCGCAGGGCGGCAAGGGGCGCCGCCGCGCCGCCACCGGCGUGCGCGUCGACCAGCUGCGCGAGUACCCGGUGCGCAGCCUGGUGUUUGAGGCGGGAGACUCGCUGCGCGAGGUGGCGGAGCUGGUGGGCACCGCCUGCCAGCGGCUGACCGCCGCCAACGUUCCGCACAACCUGUUCAUCGCCGACUGCGGCGCCCGCAUCUUCCUCUUCCCCAACUGCUUUGCCGAGAAGAAGGCGCGGGGGCAGAUCCCGGAGGAUGUGCUGGAGACGCAGGUGGACCCUGCCGCCUGGGAGAUUGCGGGGCACAUCGUGCUCAAGCGCCAGCAGGACUACGAGGCUGUGAGCCAGGAGAGCGCGUGGCGCCUGCUGGAGUUUGCCUCGUGCAGCGAGGAGCGGUUUGCUGAGGUGGCGCGGCUGGCGCUGGAGGGCCUCAUCUGAGGGGCCUGUGGCACGGCUGGCUGGGAGCGCACACGCAUCGCCCCCUAGGAGCGCACCCUGGCUGGCUGGCGCAUGACACGUGCCGGCGGAGGCGGCGGCCACCUCUGGCUGGGCGGGCAGGCAUGCAGCUGCUCCGGCGAGCGCUGCCUGCCCCGCCUGCUGCCACCCGGCCCGCAAGGCCUUGGGCCUGCCAAGCUCUCUUGCUGCUGGCGGAGGAAGCGCAGCUGGCUUGGCGGGCAGCAGCACGGCGGAUGUCACGCCAGCCCGGGCUGAUUGAUGCUAGUUGUGCCUGGGAUGGUCCGGCGCCCAUGCGCCGGCACCUCGGUCGGCGGCGCUCUGGCCCACAAUGAACAUAUCCGCCCUGCUGCACACGCACACAAUGCUAUUCAGAAUCCCUCUGCUUUUGUUCCCAGAAUUUCUCCCACCCCUUUCUGACAACACGCACACCCCAACCCGUUUUUUGCGCCGCAAUGCAUGUGCACCGUGCCGCCAGGUUUGUGGUGAAUCGCCCUCGCCACUGCCGCUGUUUUGCUUUAUGCCAUCCUGUUGGCCGCGCAUUGCGCCCAUAUUUAUGUGUGGUGCGUAAUCUCCACUCCCACA